GGCCUCUCUCUCCAUCAACGGCGGCCGCCCUCGGCCAUUCCUGCGGCCUCUCGCCAUGGGCAUCGUCGACGAGCGCCUCAGCCGCAUGCGCGAGCAGGCCGGCGAGUGGCUCAAGGGCCCGGCGCUGAAGGCGAUGCCGCUGUGCUCCGUGAUCGCCGACACGAUCAGCUUGGACACCUCGUGCGCCAAGGAGGUCGCGCCCGCGUGGGCGGCCGCGGAGCACGUGGCGGUAAAGGCCACGCAGCCCCCGCCCCUGGCGCCCAGGGCGGCUGGCGCCGAGGGCGGCCACGCGCCGCAGGGCGGCGACCUCGCGGCCGACGCAGCUGCAGGAGUCCACUGCGUCGCCUCGAGCACGGUGAGCCAGCUGGGCUCCAACCUCCACCACGUCGCGGGCGCGGGUUCCGAGCGGGCCCCCUCCGAGGAUGCUGGGGCGGUCACCGAGUUCGCGCUCGAGGACACGCUCCUGAUCUUCGACUGGGACGACACCAUCCUGCCGUCGUCCUGGGUGUCGGCCCAGAGGCUGCGCCUCGACAGGGGGCGCGACGACGUCACCGCCUCUCAGCGCGAGCGGCUCGCCGAGAUCGCGAAGGUCACGCUGGACACCAUCCGCUCUGCCAAGGAGUGUGGCCAGGUCGUGAUCAUAACCAACGCGGAGCGUGGCUGGGUCGAGCUGACCUGCCACAAGUUCCUGCCCGAGCUGGCACCGCUGCUUGAGUGCGUCCGCAUCGUGUCCGCCCGCUCCAGCUACGAGUGCGAGGUGGGUUCAGACCCGCAGCGCUGGAAGCUGCGCGCCUUCGAGCACGAGAUCCGGCGCGCGUACGGGAAGUCCACCCACGACCCGGGCAGGCCGAAGAACGUGCUCUCGCUGGGCGACAGCGUGCACGAGCGCGAGGCGGUGAUGCGGGCGACGGCGCCGCUCCCGAACUGCAGGUGCAAGUCCCUGAAGUUCACGGCCAAGCCGGACAUCUCCCAUAUUCGCCGGCAGCACGAGCUCAUCAAGGAAUCCUUCAAGAAGAUAAUUGAGCACGACGGGAACCUGGACCUCUGCCUGAAGUGUCCUUGA